UGAAAAAAUCAGACUGCUAGGGGUGAGACCAUAGUUUAUGGACGACUUUUGAGUGACGUCAAAAUGACCUUGAGGAUGUCUACCUAAUUAUAAGGUCUAAAGGAGGGUUAUAACACAGGUUUAUAUAUAAACCUAUGUGAAGUAUACGAACUAUGAUUAACGGAUGUUGGGAAUCAGAUUUGGGGUCUUAAUCACGGGCUGACACCAGCUAAAAUGACGAAGCGUUGUUUAGCUGAAUAGGUAAAAGUAUUUCGCGUCAAAACCCAAAACUUGUCGUGAAUGUGAUUGGUUCGUCUAUGAAUUGUAGUCCUGCGUAAUGAACCCUCAUUCGUCACGAACUUAAAUCAGUUGAAAUUGAAAGAUGAAUAUCAGUUUGUGCUGAUAGUUGUCAUCAUCAUUCCAACAGCCUUAAUGUCAGUUCUCUUCUGCCUAAGUUAUUGCUUUAAGAAAGCUGUCACUGAAUGUAAUAACUGAUGUAAGUAUUUCAAGUGCAUGUGUACCGUUUAUUCCCUCAUCGUUUAACGUUCCCCUCUAAUGUUCGGUUUGGGCCACCCGGGCAGUAUCAUAGCCCACGCACAAAUGAAGUGACUUGUGUGGAGCAUAUGUAUUCGGUUCCCCUUUAUACCAAUAUUUAUGUGCUCAAAUAAAUAAUAAAUAAAAUCGUUGUCUUAUAAACUCGUGCUCAUUAUUCCAGUAGAGUAUUUCUAAUCCAUUCCUUCUCUGUCAACUUUUAAAGUAUUAUAAGUGUAUUUAUCCUGGGAUAUCAUGGUAUCGCCGUCGAACUAAGCCGUUGGGCCGAGGUUAUCUCAGUUACAUCUCCAUCAACCGUUAUUUAUUUUGCCAAGUUAAUAUAUAUACAAAAACUAAAGAGAAUGUCGUUUAAUUGCCUCUUUAUGCCUCGACAAAUUGGAUACAAUAUGCUCUUAGUAGUUAGCUUCGUGAUCAACUUAAUAAAUAUUGCGCUUGCAUCUAGGGACUUGAAUGGACAUAUCUGGUGUUUAAGUACAAAGAGUACCAUAUAUGUAGUUGGUAGCUUGUAUGUAUCUAUUAUUCACUCUUUUCUUUAUUAAUUUUAAUCUUGUUCAAUUGGCUUGCUGUUUUAGGAAUUAUCUUCAACACUUUGGAUAAAAUGUGGCAGUCUUAUUUUCUUGACAUGUCAAACCUCCUGCCUAAUUUUAUUAAUGCGUGUUUCACGUUCAGUCCAGAAUUCGGAGUUAUACUCAGCUUCAACGGUUGUUGUAUGUAGUGAAUUUCUAAAACUUCUACUGUCGAUAUUUUUGAUUUUAUGCCAAGAAGGUGAAAUUAAACGUAGUAUUUCAUCAAUAUAUAAUGAAAUAAUUGUUCAGUAUAAUGAUAUGAUUCAAAUUUUAAUUCCCUCAACUCUUUAUAUUGUACAGAAUAAUUUACUAUAUUUUGCCAUUUCACAUUUGAAUGCUGUUUUAUAUCAGAUACUUUAUCAGAGUAAAAUAUUCACUACUGCUAUAUUUAUGAUACUAUUAUUAAAUCAGCGCCUACGUUUAACUCAAUGGUUUGCUCUCUUAUUACUCAGUACAGGUAUUAUCUUAACACAGCUGCCUUCAUUAAAUCAAUCAACAUCGAGCAGUGAAUUCCAUUCAAAUUUGUAUGGGUUGUUGGCAAUUUUAUUGGCUUCUGUUACUAGCGGCUUUGCUGGUGUUUACCUUGAGAAAAUAUUUAAAGGAACGUCAACUUCGAUCUGGAUGCGAAAUCUACAGUUAGGUCUCUUCGGCGUGCCAAUCGGUCUGUUUGGAGUCUUCAUUAACGAUGCAUCAAGAGUCAAAACUCUGGGUUUUUUUUACGGUUACACACCUAUCGUUUGGAUUGUAGUUAUUCUUCAGGCGUUUGGAGGGCUAGCAAUAGCCUUUGUCAUGAGAUAUGCUGAUAACAUUUUGAAAGGUUUCUCUAUGGGUCUAUCAAUGAUUCUGUCAUCUCUCAUAUCUUAUUUCCUGUUUGAUGACUUUACUCCAAACAUGUAAGAAAUAGCACAAUAUUGUUUUCUUCAACCUUCAGUACGUAGUUCAGUAAACAUUACUUUUAAAUGCUGUUCGUAAUGUGGGAGCGCCUUAAAUACAAUUUGUAGGCUAAGUACAUUUAUAUUUGUAGUUCCUCUAGUUGUCAAUCAAUGAAUUUGUUAGUCUGUCUUUUUUAUAAAACAGAUUUAGCUAACCCGUCUGAUGAUGUCAAAACACACCAUGAAGUAUCCUUAGUCAGUUGUACACACACGAAAGUUUGUUUAAAAUAUAUCCAUUUACUAAGAAUGUCACAGGUAUCUAGAAUGCAUCAUUAAUUUGACAAGUUUUGUUUUCCAGACAUUACUCACUCACUGUCUUACAGAACACUUAUAUAGUUGAAAAAAAUCCAAUGUAUCAUGUAUUUAAAAUGUGGUAGAUCGAACUUCUGAUUUGUUUCAUGUUGCAAAACGGACACGUUAUUAACAAAAUCAUAUUAAGUGACAGUCAUAUAUUUCACUUUAUUGUUUGAUCUACAUUCUAGACAUCCAAUAUUAACACCUUAAUUGAUUCUCUUAAACAAAACUAAUAUUCAUAAAUUCAUUUUCAUUUAGGUAUUUAUUUGUCGGAUCCAUAU